AUGAAUUUCGUGGCGCACUCGAAAUCCCGCUUUUUGGAUCCGGACCAGAAUCCUGUGGUGCGCGGCCUCAUCCGUGCGGCUAUCUACAACCAUUUCUGCGCGGGAACCAGUCCCGCUGAAGUCAAAGCGACGAUAAAACAGAUCAAGAGCGCUGGAUACGCUGGUGUUAUUCUGGGGUAUGGACGUGAAAUUGUCAUUGAUACCAGUGAGGCAGCUGGUGAUAGGGGGAAGGACAAGGAUAAAUUACUGGCUGGGGUGGGAGGUAGAGAGGAAGACAAGCAUAUUGCCCUUUGGCUGCAGGGCAAUUUGACGACGUUGGAAAUGAUUGGUAGGGGCGAUUAUAUGAAUGUCAAGUUCACCGGAGCCGGUCCGCGCGUGAGCCAGUGCCUUAUUGACGGGACCAAGCCUCCAGAGCAACUGUCACAAGCAAUCGACAAGCUAUGCCAUCAAGCCCGAUCACAGGGAAGCCGGAUCUGGAUCGACGCCGAGCAGCAGAUCUUUCAGCCGAGCAUUGACGCCUGGACAAUCGAUCUCAUGCGCCGUCAUAACAUCCAUGGCAAUGCCCUCGUCUUCAACACCAUUCAAGCAUACCUCAAGAGCUCAAGAGAAACGGUGGCGAAGCAUUUGCAAGUCGCGAGCGACGAAGCUUGGACCCUGGGAAUCAAGCUGGUGCGCGGUGCAUACAUAGCUAGUGAUGUGCGUGAAAGGAUCUGGGACACGAAGGCUGAGACCGAUGAGUCGUACAACUCGAUUGCAAGGGACUUGCUGAGUAAGAACAUCGCCGAGGGUGCGUUUCUGGGCUUCAAGGUCCGAAAAUUCCCGGAUUUGCGUUUAUUUCUGGCUGGUCACAAUACGGAAUCCAUCCGGCAGGCAAUAUUGACCGUACGUGAGCUAGUCAUGGCUGGACAACAGGUCCCUCCUGUAGAGUACGGACAGCUCCACGGCAUGGCGGACGAUGUGAGCUGCGACCUUGUAGAGCAGUACGAAAGGGCCGUCCAGAACUUCGAGAAACACAAGAGCGAAGGGAGUGCCGUGUCUGCGAAGUACGAGCUGGAGCUUCAAGCUGCGCCGGUCGCGUACAAGUGCCUGAAUUGGGGCUCCGUCCGUGAAUGUCUGCACUUCUUACUGCGGAGGGCUGUGGAGAACGCCUCUGCUGCAGAAAGGAUCAAGGAGGGACUGCCUGAGCUGAGGGGAGAGUUGAAGAGGCGGCUUUGGCGGGCGGCUUGA